UAAGCCAAAUUGUAUGAUAGCGUAAAAUCUCCUGAUAGUGAUCACACACACAUUCGCACCGCUGCACAAAGUCACAAACCCUAUCGCAACUUCCAAUUCACACGUCUUCUCCGGCGUCGUCUCCGGCAGUGGUUCCUUGUCGCACCUUCCACCACACCGGAUGGCUUUGAGAGGGGUUUGGCAACUUCGCAAGCUAAUUGUCAGUUAUAGCGACUGGGGAGGCAGUAGCAAAGGAAUAAGGGCAUUUAUGGAGUCGCAUUUGCCAGAGUUCAAGGAGAAGAAUCCUCAAUUAGAGGUGGUCACUGAAAUGAUUCGUGGUCAGCAUCCACAUCUGAAGGGCUUUUAUGAGAACAAAAACCAACGGGUGAUAUGUGUAAAGAAUAUGGAUCCAGAAGACAUCCUUCUGCAAGCAACCAGGCUAAGGAAUGCAUUGGGAAGGAAGGUAAUCAAACUGAGGACAAGACACGUAACUAAACACCCUAGUGUGCAAGGUACAUGGACAACAGCAGUGACAUAUUAAAGAGGAAAAACCAUGUGUAUGAGAAAGUUCACCUUUCUUCUUAAGGACAUGAAGUUGAUGCUUCUGUUGAGUUACUUUUGUUUAUUUCCAUGAUCAAAAAGUGAAUCCCCAAAUACAAGGAGAGCUCAGCCAUGCCAGACUUUGCUAUGUAUGUUAUUACAUACAUUUUGCUAGAGUGUCUCAGGCUUCGUUUGGAUGAAUUCUUAUGUGGAUUGCUAUUGCCAAUUGCAUAACUAAGAAGUUAUUCUCAUCUUCA